AUGCAGACAGUCCCAAGUCUUGUUGGGACCGGCACCGUCGCUGCCGCUGCCGCUGCCGGCCUGGUCUUCGGCCAGCCCACCGAGUCACCCACGCCCUCGUCCCCCCGACCAUCCUCACCUCUGAAGAGGAAGUUGUUCUCCGACUUCAGCUUCGACAACCCGCGAUCGACACCCACCCCCCCACCUCUCUCGCCACCAGGGACCAGCUCCGCCCGCUAUCCCCAGCUUCUCGAAGAGGGCCCGAACGACCAGCAGCAUCCUUCACCACUGACAUCGAACCCGGUCAGCGCCGGUCCAACCCAGACCACCCCUCCCAAGUCCAACAGCCGCCGCUAUUCCACCAUACGUGCAAGCGAGGUGGCAGGCACUUCCGAAACUUCGCGGGAAUCUGAUGGAGUGCCGCCUAGCCAGCCGUUGCGGCCUCGAGCCUCGACAACAGGGCGACCGAACAAUGUGCCAUGGAGGUUGCAAGAGGCUUCCAGCUGGACGUCAUACUUCCACGCCCGGAGGGUGAGGAUUUCCAGACGGAAAACCGUCGUUACACCCAGCGUCGAGAGUAGCAGCCCGGUGGAGUUCCAACUACCAGGUACAAGGAUUCACAUGCGCCGCGGCAGCUUGUUGGCUGCGCCCUAUCUUGUGAACCCCCUGGUGAUUUCUGGCGACUCUUACAUGAUGGCACCGGUAGAACGUGAGCUAGAUUCGGCUCUGCCGGCGGAAGAUUCAGAUCAAUCGCGGCAGAGCCCGCAGGAAUCGAAAAAGUCGUCGGACCGACUGGAAAGGACACCAACCAAGGCAAGUCGGCGAUCUCUUUCGGCGCAAUUCGGUGCGUCUGGGGGCUGGAUUGCAAGAGCGGGCAGCCUACGCCGUCCCAAGAGGAAUUCUGUCGAGCACGCCGGAGGUAGGCGUUAUGCAUCGGAUCCAUCCUCCACUUCACCCAAGGCUACUCGGUCAAACGCAGCAAAGUCCGAUAUAGAGGCGCUCUUUACGCCCCCGUUGUCUGGACACAAAGAAACCAAAAACGCGGUCAAUUGGGUAUCACAGGAACAGAGGCGUGAUGCCUCAGCACCUAUUCCUCCCCUAUCACGGCUGUCAAGUUUCCAUCUUGACUUGUCUAAAGUGGGUCCAUCUCCUCCACACUCUGCCGGGACUCAGGCACCGAGCCCCAUCCAGGUCAGCCCGACAACUGCGCCUCAAGGGUCGGCGUUCACGUCUCACAGCAGAGCGGUCUCGAAGGAGGGCGCAUCCACUUUGGCCGGAUCUGAGAUGUCGGUGCCUGGCUUGGCCUCAGGGGACGACGACGACACAGAUUAUAAGAGUGACGCGGUUUUCGAUUCCUUCAGGACGCAUGAUUCGAACCAUGUCAGAGUAGUCGAGACCCCUCUGGAUUCGAUGUUUGACGAGUCACCUCUUGGGACAUUGGCCAAUGUUCAGGCGAAGAGGCUGUCCAUACAAGAGAUACUAGGACACAACUGGGACGGAGACACCAGGAUUAUGGAGGAGGACGAAGGGUCUUCGACUCCUAUCCGUGGAAUUCACGGCCCACACAUCGCUGGUAAUGGCACCGAUGCCGAUGACCGAGCCACUGAAAUCGCGAAAUUCCAGAUCUCAAUCGGCAAUAACGCCCGAAAUUUUGGCAGGCUUUCGUUGGAUACCACCGAUGACGACUAUGACUGGGCUAGAGACGACGAGGACAUUCUGAGCAAUCCACUUUCGCCGCCGACGAGCUCUGUCAACUCGCGAAGAGGCGUCAGUCCCCAACUGCGAUCAGCAUUGGCCAACAUCAGCGGCAAUGUCACCCCUAACUCCUACACGACCGGGGCCUCGACCGAGCGUCCCAGAAGCAAUGUAUUCGAUUGGAGCGAAACAUCCCAUGAGAAGGCCGAUGACAGCUUUGCUCGUCCGAGGACAGUUCACGGCAAACGGGAGCUAGAUCUGCGGGGAGGACGAACGGUGAUUCGACCAACGGCCCACGUCCGCAGUCAGAGUGUGCCUGUUGUUGAACCGGUGGACGCUGUCAAGGGUGCACCGAAGUUCGGUACAUGGGGCCUUAGUGCAAAGAAUGCUAGCGAAGACUGGGAUGACGACUUUGAGUUCGACGAGGCCAGCAACAGCGGCUCCGGCCCCAAGAAUCCUGCAACAACACUCUCCAUGAGUGUUCCUCCCUCGAUACAGACAGCACAGGCAACCGUCAAGGCACAUUCGGGCCACAUUCGAGAGCUGUCUCUGCUUGUCGACAGCCUCAAGCGCCUCUGUAGGCAAGGUCGGGAGCUGCACCUGCUGGAUGGACAGAGUGCCUUGUUGUGGAAGGAAGCAGAAAACAUCAUUGCUCUGGCAUCGCCGGACGACGAUGAAGUGGACGAGAACAAUACCGACCGAGACUCCUCUGAUUCCGAAUCUUUGGCUACUGAUGAUCGGUUCCUGGACGGUGGGUUUGACGCUGCCUCGUUGGACCGGGCCGAGGCCCCUGUUGGUGGUGCCCCAGAACCCGAAAUAUCCAAGAAUGCUGUGGUACGGGAAAGGCAGAUUGUACGUCGUCGCUCCGUGUUCUCCCCAGACGACGACAUUUUCGGAAACAAUUGGUCUUUGGAGAAGGAGAGCACCAGGCCACACACUCCCAGAACCCCAGACCGUGUGAGGGAAUUUCACACGCCGGACGGGGCAGUCGUUUCGUCUGUCAUCGCAGCCAUGGAGCAACAGCGAAGCCUACCCGGUCGCCGUCAGGAGUCACCUUUGAAGCCGUCCAAGGCGAAGCUCUUUUUCGACACGAACAGCCUUCAUGAGCUUGUCAGGCGCGCCAGCAGCGUUUUCCACACAUUGUCCGACAUUGUCCGCAAAGAAGAGCUUCUCUCGAUGAGCCCCCAAGCAACACCAACGAAGCUUGAUCGCAUCCGGCCCGGCCACGGUGGCAGCCCGGCCUUUACGCGUGUCUUCACGGACCCCGACACGAGUCCACCACGACACCUGGUUAGGAGCCAGAAGAGCCACUCACCACUGCCCCGCAACUCCCUAGACUCCGGUCUGAAUCAGCGCAUGCAGAUGAUGACCGUCAGCUAG